AUGACGUCCCAUCUGGAUCUUAGUGGGUGCAAGAAGAGGAAGAGAGGGGAAAGAGUUUUCAAAUUCAAGACAUUCGGGCAACAAGGCUACCCUGCAGAGUUCAAUGGCUCCUUUCUACAAAAUGUUAGAGAGCUCCUGGAGUUUGGGCAGGUUGAAACUCAUCUGUCUGGUGCAAUGACAAGCUGGUCCUUUCAGCUUGAAGUUUUUCGUCAUCCUUCGCUACAUGUAUACCUGCUUGUGAUCGAGGAGCCAAUUGAGUUAUCGAUUCAUCAUCACUGCCAGCAUUGUCAAUAUAUAGGUUGGGGACACCACAUGAUUUGCAAUAAAAAGUACCACUUUUUGUUGCCUUCCAAGAACACAAUUCCAGCCUGGUUGAGUGAAGACAACACGAAUUCAAUGUGCAAGUCGAAUUUGAUAGAAUUACAAGGACAUACCAUGCAUGGUGUUUUUCACGGUAAUGGAUUUGGUCAUUUGCUAUGCAUUAAUGGGUUGGAGACGGGCUCGGACUUGGCUGGUUACCAAAUCAUGGAAUUCUGGGAUCGUCUUUGUACUGGAUUAGGAGCAAGGAAAGUGAGUUUUAAGGACACGUCACGGAAGAAAGGUAUGGAUCUAAGACUACUUCAUGCUGUGGCCUAUGGUAAGCCAUGGUUUGGUCGUUGGGGUUACGUAUUUGGUCGUGGAAGCUUUGGCAUUAACUUAGAGAUGUAUGAAAGUGCCGUUAAAGCCUUACAAAAUAUGCCACUAGGCUUACUUGCUCAUCACCUCAACUCUUGUAAAAAAGAUAUACUAAUUUUACUAUCGAGGUAUCAGAUAUUAUCGGGACAUUCUUUGGUAACCUUAGGUGAUUUGUUUCAUUUCAUGUUAGAGUUAAAAUUGGAAGUACCAAAGGGCAAUAUCUCGUAUAGUUCUCAGUAUCCACGACUCGUGUUGUCGGACAAAUCUUGUAGAUGGUCUCCUAAGCGCGUUGAAAUGGCGAUCCGAGUGGUGAUUCAAGCUUUAAAGAGAGCCGAAUUAAGAUGGGUUUCUAGACAAGAAGUACGUGAUGCUGCACGUGCUUACAUUGGUGACACGGGUUUAUUAGAUUUUGUUCUCAAGUCUUUAGGGAACCACAUAGUGGGAAAAUAUUUUGUUCGCCGCUGCUUAAAUCCGGUUACAAAGGUGUUAGAAUAUUGUUUGGAAGAUAUUUCGUGCGAAUUUCCCAAACAGGAAGAAUUCUUGAUGGUGACCAAUGAAGCAAAAUUGAAGCCUUAUCAAAAAGUUACAUGGAGUCAACUUAUGAAUGAUAUACUUUACUUGUACAAAUAUGUCCUUACAGAGCACAAGGAAAUGACUAAUGAUGGAGGGUUUGGCACUAUUUCUGUAGCUUCAAGAAUUAUUCUUGAUACCAAGUACUUUUUCAAAGAAUAUGGUGGGGAGUUGGGCUCAAAAUCUGUGGAAAAUAAAUCAAAGCUAUAUUGCGCCGUAAUUUGGUCGACUUGUGAUGGAGGAACAUUGUCGCCAGUAAAGGUAGUGACGCCAUACGAGUGUUUCAUAUUGGGAAACAAUGCCACAUUUGACGAGCUCAAGUUUGAAGUACAGAAGACUUUUAGAGAAAUAUAUUUGGGACUCAGAAAUUUUGUUACAGGACCAAUUACAUAUUUUAAUCUAAAAGGGACGGAUUUAGUUUUCGAGAUGGUGAGACCGGGUGGUAAAAUCACGUUUGAGGGCAUCGAAGGACAAAGAGAAAUAGUAAAUAGUGGGAUAUAUGAAGGAUUAAAGAAUAACUUUGUGGUGGAUUGUGGUUGUGGAACUAAAUAUGAUGAUGGAGAGAGAAUGAUAUGUUGUGAUAUCUGUGAAGUUUGGCAACACACACGUUGUGUUCAAAUACCAAAUAGUGAAGAAAUACCAAGUAUAUUUCUAUGCAAGACAUGUGAGCAAGAUAUCUUGCACUUCCCUUCAAUACCAUAG